CGAGUCAGAAGACACACACACACCGUGCAAAACUGUGCUAAAAGCUAAACUGGUGAUCUCCUUUGUAAUCUCGUUUGAUUUGAGCGAGCGAGAAAAUGGCGGUGGCGGCGGCUCGCCGGGGAAGAGGCAGUGCAAGCGGCGGCGGCGGCGUGGUGCUCCUGUGCCUUGUGGCGGCGGCGCUGCUGAUGGAGGCCGUCCCCGCCGCCGAGGCCGGCGGCAAGACGUACUACGUGGGCGACGCCGCCGGGUGGGGCCGCAACCUCGACUGGUGGCUCGCCGGCAAGACCUUCUACGCCGGCGACGUGCUCGUGUUCAAGUACAACAAGGAGUACCACGACGUGGCGGUGGUCGGCGGCAAGGGGUACCGGCGGUGCAAGGUGCCGAGGAACAAGGACACGGCGGUGCUGCGGACCGGGUACGACCAGGUGACGCUCCGGCGAGGGAACAACUACUUCAUCUGCGGCAUGCCGGGCCACUGCGACGCCGGCAUGAAGCUCGCCGUCAAGGCUCUCUGCUUCUUGUACUGUACUGGCUCUCUGAUGAUCUGAUCAGCUCUGUGUGUGUGUGUCCCCUGCACGUCCCAGGUUGAAAUGGUUGAUAUCGUGGUUUUCCGCGGGAAUCCUUUGCUCUGUUCUGUUCCUGCGUUUUCCAAACAGGGUUUUGACCAGUGGUGAUGUGGUGUGUGGUGUGUGGUUUGCUUUUGGUUAUGAGUAGAGUAGCAGCUGCUACUACGUCCGUUUUAGAUUAUAAGUCGUUUUGACUUUAAUCAAAAUCAAACUACUUUAAAUUUAACUAAGUUUGUAGACAAAUAUAGUAAUAUUUAUAAAACCAAAUUAGUUUUAUUAGAUCAAUAAUUAAGUAUAUUUUCUUAAUAUAUUUAUUUUGGGUUAAAAAUAUUACAGUUUUUUUUCUACAAACUUAAUUAAAUUUAAAAUAGUUUGAUUUUGAUCAAAGUCAAAACGACUUAUAAUCUGAAACGGUGAAACAGAGAGAGUACUAGCUUGUGUGAUGAGAUGUCAUGUCAUGAGUAAACCUCAGGUGGAUUCAUGUGAAAAAACUGAGUGAAAAAAAAAAAUCCUUUUACUUUAGUCCUGUUUGGUUCCCAAGAAGGUUUGGGUGUUUAGCUGCAGCCCAAAAAUGGUGGAGUAUUGUUAAUUCUACCUAACGGAGACUAUAA